AUAUGAAUAAUGAUGAUGAUGAUGAGAGAGGCACAGAAAGAACUUAAAAAACAGUUUUCUCCCGCGAAAAAGCAUUUCUCGUGAUGAUGAUAAUACAUUUAGAACUGUAAAGCCUAAAACACCUCGUGACUCACUCACUCACUGAUCUUGCUUUCUCAUUCAUUCUUUUCUUUCUUUCGUUUUCUUCGCUUCCUUCACAGCUUCUGUUGGAACCAACGAUGGUGAAGGAAACAGAGUAUUACGAUAUUCUCGGAGUUUCUCCUUCUGCCUCCGAUGGCCAAAUUCGCAAGGCUUAUUAUCACAAGGCAAAGCAAGUUCAUCCUGAUAGAAACCUUAACGAUCCUCAUGCUGCACAAAAAUUUCAGAUUUUAGGCGAAGCAUAUCAGGUUUUGAGUGAUGCGGUACAGAGGAGAGCGUAUGAUCAAAAUGGGAAGCAUUCUGUAUCUAGAGAAACUAUGCUUGAUCCCAUGGCUGUCUUCGCCCUGCUCUUUGGAAGUGAAUUGUUUGAGGACUAUGUUGGGCAUCUAGCUGUUGCGUCGAUGGCUUCUUCUGAACUAGCUAAUGAAAGUGAGGAUUUGCAGGAAAAGCUAAAGGUUGUUCAGAAAGAAAGGGAAGAAAAGCUAGCAAGAUUUUUAAAAGAUUUUCUUAGCCAAUAUGUCCGUGGUGACCAAAAGGGUUUUUUCCACCGCGCAGAAUCUGAAGCCAGACGCCUUUCUCUUGCAGCCUUUGGAGUCGACAUGUUACAUACCAUAGGCUAUAUAUACUCAAGACAAGCAGCACAAGAACUAGGGAAAAAGGCUCUUUAUCUUGGAGUGCCAUUUCUGGCUGAAUGGGUUCGUAAUAAAGGACAUUUUUUGAAAUCACAGUUAACAGCUGCUAAAGGGGCUUAUCAGUUGCUCCAACUUCAAGAAGACAUCCACAAGCAAUUUAAAUUGGAUGGUAGUUUCUCUGAAGAUGUUGACUCGCAUAUUCGUCUUAAUAAGGAUACUUUGUUGAAUUCCUUGUGGAAGUUAAAUGUAGUGGACAUAGAAGUAACCCUUGCACAUGUGUGUCAAAUGGUGCUAAAAGAAAAUAAUGUUAGAAAAGAGGAACUUAAAGUUNUUCGUCUAGCAACUGAUAUAAAUGUGAUGUGCUUCCUUCAGGAAAAGAAUUCAAAAGGUGAAACACUGAAGAAGAAACUAGCUGUUGAUUCUGAUGACGAAGGAAGCAGCUCUGAUUCAUCAGACGAUGAAUCACAUAGAGCACUUACCUAUCGAACUCCAUUUUUCACUCAGGGUCUUGGUAGGCUCUUCAAAUGCCUUUGUAAUCCAGCAUUUGAUGUGGAUGAUGACGAGAUAGUUUACAACGGCAAAUGAUCCAUAUGCACGUAUGGUUAUGAAACCAAAUUCGGCCCUUGUCAAUAUUUCGUUGGACAAUAUACUGAAAGAAAUUGUUUAAUACCCCUCUGAACGUAGUUUUGUGAAGACGUUGGUGCAAACCAUAUGAAUACUUUGUUGUUUGUUGUAAUUACAUUGUCAUCAAAUUACACGCACUUAACACUUGAUCAAAUGUCAAUUUCAGUCAAUUCCACAUCUCUUUUUCCCUUAUUUCUUCU